AUGGAAACAGCAAAGCGUAGAACGAUGGCAUCAAUCGUCUCCAAGCUAAGCUCCGUCUCCGAGCAAACCAGAGCCGCCGCUUUAGCUGAGCUUAGACUCAUCUCCAAACAAGAUCCAGAUAGCCGUCUAAUCAUCGCCGACGCCGGAGCAAUCCCUUACCUCGCCGAGACUCUCUACUCUUCUUCUCACUCUUCUCAGGAAAACGCCGCAGCGACUCUCCUGAACCUCUCAAUCACAUCUCGCGAAUCCCUAAUGUCCUCUCGUGGUCUACUCGACGCGCUUUCUCACGCGCUUCGUCACCACGACACCACCACUUCCGCCGCCGCCGUACAAUCCUCCGCCGCAACGAUUUACAGUCUCCUCAUCGCCGAAGAAUCUUACCGACCUAUCAUCGGAUCUAAACGAGAUAUCAUCUUCUCCCUCAUUCACAUCAUUAGGUAUCCAGAUUCGCAUCCCAGAUCGAUCAAAGACUCGCUCAAGGCGCUCUUCUCCAUCGCUCUGUAUCCGAUGAACAGAUCGACGAUGAUUUCCCUCGGCGCGAUUCCGGCACUCUUCUCGCUUAUCGUGAAGGACUCACGGUGCGGGAUCGUGGAGGACGCGACGGCUGUUAUGGCGCAAGUCGCUGGAUGCGAGGAGAGCGAAGAUGGUAUGAGGAGGGUUUCAGGAGCUAGUGUUCUCGCGGAUCUGUUAGAUCCUUGCACUGGCUCGAGCCUACGGAUCAAGGAAAACGCCGUUGGUGCGCUUUUGAAUCUGGCGAGAUGCGGAAGCGACGAAGCGAGGUCGGAAGUUACGACGGCGGUUGCGUCUGGUGCGGAUGAAGGAGCUAUGGAAGGGAUUGUGUACGUGGCGGAGAACGGAACUGUGAAAGGAAGGAAGAAAGCGAUUGAUCUGUUGAAGCUCGUUGUAGCCGGAAAUGGCGGUGGCGAUUCACGGUUUGAUUAUCUCAUCAAUGAAAAUCCAAAUAGUAGUAGUAGAAGUAUCUGA